GCCGCCAGUAUUUUCUUUGUUUAGUAAACAAAAGAGUAAAAUAUGUUUAAUUUUGUAGAUUAGUUAAUAAAUUAUUACGUAUUUUUUAUUUCAAAUAGUGGUAUUAUACGAGAAAAGUGUUAAAUAUUUCAAAUAUAAACAUCUUUGCUGGAAUAAAAGUGUUAUUGAUUAUUUAAAGUACAACAAAGAAAGAAAUACAUAACCUAUAAUUUUUUAUUCUUUUUUUUGGCCUUUUGAAUUGAAAAUGUGUGGACGUUGUGCUUGUACAUUUGAGCCGGAAACUUUGAGUCGCGCUUGUCAGUAUAAAGAUUCUUCUGGUAAAUAUCGACAGGCACCGUGGAUUCCGUCAAAAAAUGAAGAUAUUGAAUAUAAACCUUCCUGUAAUAAGGGACCACGAAGUGUUUUACCGAUUUUGAUGUCAGGUUCUCAAAUUAAUAAUGAAAAUGAGAGAAUUCUUUGUCCCAUGAUGUGGGGAAUGAUACCUCCCUGGACUCAGGGCGACUAUAAAAAACAUAGACUUUCGACACACAAUGCUCGUUUGGAGGAUUUGGAAAAUUCGAAAAUGUACAUGCCACCUUUGCGUCAUGGAAAAAGAUGCGUUGCAAUUGUCGAAGGAUUUUAUGAAUGGAAAAGAGAUGGUAUGUCGAAGCAGCCCUAUUAUAUUUAUUCCAAACAACAAGAUUGUGUUAAUUUUGAAGAUAAAACAACUUGGACUAAUGAUUGGUCCGAGGAAACUGGUUGGCAGGGCUUUCAAGUUUUGAAAUUGGCAGGAAUUUUUAAUACAUUCAAAACUGAAACAGGCGAUAUUGUCUACAGUUUUUCAAUGUUAACCAGGGAAGCGAAUAAAAUUUUUUCUUGGCUUCAUCACAGAACUCCCUGUUUUCUCAGAACCGAAGAAGAAGUUAAGUCAUGGUUAGAUCACAGCGAAACACCGUUAGAGAAGGCAUUAAAAAAUUUACGAUCACUAUCAUUAGAUGAAAAUACAAUAAAUUGGCAUCCUGUUUCAACUGCUGUCAACAGUGUAUUCUAUCAAGAAAAUGAUUCCACAAAGCCAGUUAAUUUAGAAAAAAAAGAGGAGAAGAAACGUCCGUCGGGUAUUAUGGCUUCUUGGCUAAAAAGUGCAUCGACUAAAAGAAAAACUGAGGAUUCGGAUAAUUUUGAAAAUCAAGGUAAAAAAACACCCAAGAAAGACUAAAAAAAUCAAGACUUAAAUCAAAAGCAAAAAAAAAAUAAUUCUAAAUCUAUAUUUUUUAUACUAAUUUUGUAAUUUUUUUUCUCACCGAAAUUUUUAAUAA